UUUAUUCUUGCCUAUGUCGAGCAUUGUGAUGUCAUUCGUGAGAAAUGUCAGCUUGAAGGCGACUUCAUCAGGCGCUCUUCGCGUUGGAUGAACCGCCUGCCGCCGAUUGGCUGCAUGCGUGCACGGAACGGAUGCUCGAACUGCGACAAGGCAGCUGUCGAUCAAAGUCGUCCUGAUGCUCAGUCAACUCCAGAUUGUUUGUUUCAUCGUCACCAGUCUUCUUGGCUCCUUUUUGCAUGCGUGUGCUUUAUAGAUGCUAACAAGCGGCGGCAUCGACGCUCAUUAAUUAAGAGUGUCCGCUCGCCAUCGAUUCGGGUUUCAUUUGUCAAUAGGGCGGCUGCGCUUUUGGCCGCUCGGGCCUCGGUGGCGCAAAAAAUGCAGAUGAGCGGAAACAAAAGUGUUCAAUUGCAGAAAAGAAUCCACAGGAGCUGGCACGUUCUUUCCCCGCACUCACGUCAAUUUUCUUCGAGCUUCCUCCCGCGUUUUCAGAAGUUCAUUAAAGAGCUUGAUUUUUCGGGCAGGUGUAGAAUUAAAGGUGAACAUUAUUACAAAAAGAUAGUCGUAUGCGACUCACUGCUGCCCCUUGAGGCACAACGUGGCACUGUUCUUCCACUGCAUGGAGUCAUUUUUGCGGCUGUGCAUUAUUUGGCGUAGGUGGGUUUUAUUUUGAAAGUCCUAAGAGGAAACUGUCCCUCUCACGGCGUGUGCGUGCUUGGCUCGCGUGUGAAGGUGCCCAUCAUAAGUGCCUGUCCCGGCCUCUUGGCCCCUCUCUCCUUCUCUCUCUCUCUCUUAUCAGUCGUUCUCCUCCUCCCAUCUCCCACUCGUGACUCAGUUUUUGGGGUGGAGCGGGGGUCCGCAGCGGUGAUGUCACGCGGGUGAGGGACGCCAGCGUCAGGGCCCAGGUGAGCGAGCUGCCACUGUGCUGCGGUGCGGAGUCCCUCCACUGGCCGGCGUCGCUCAAGAUGCUCAUGCGCCUGCACCCCAAGCUCGGACGCGCUCCCUCCCUCUUCCGCUCGGAUCCCGGGCCAUGGCGACUUGAGCCGUGUCCUCCGCCGCCGCCCGCAGGAUGUCCCAGGACCACAGCAAGUAGGACGAGGUGUGUUUCUAGGGCAGGUGUCCGCGUGCUGCGCGAAGGCGCCCCUGCAGCAUGACGCUGCCGGCCGCGCUCGUACUCUGGACUUGCGUGUGGGGGGUCGUCGCCCCGGGCGGCCGCAGCGGGGCCAACGGCACUGAGGUGGAGAGGCGCUGGGAGACGCUGUUGUCGCGCUCCUACCUGGGCCUCGCCGGCGGGCGGGCGGCGCGGCCCGACUGGCAGAGCGACUACUUGCGGGGCGUCAAGAGGGUGCGCCGCCUCUACUGCAACGUGGGCAUCGGCUUCCACCUGCAGGUGCACCCGGACGGCAGGAUCGGCGGCGCGCACCUCGAGGACCCGCACAGUCUCAUCGAGAUCUCCAGCGUGGAGAGAGGAGUGGUCAGCUUGUUCGGCGUCAAGAGCGAGAUGUUCGUGGCCAUGAGCCACAGGGCCCGGCUCUACGGGACGCGGCGCUUCGGCGACGAGUGCAAGUUCAGGGAGACGCUGCUGCCCAACAACUACAACGCCUACGAGUCUUUUGUUUACAAGGGCUUCUACGUGGCCCUCAGCCGGCACGGGCGGGCGCGGCGUGGCGACAAGGCCACCACCGCCGCCACCGGCACACACUUCCUCCCUCGGCUGUGACUGACGCUGCCGCCGCGCGGCCAUUUGCACACGCAGAUUUUAUUUCCUUCCAGGUAACACGCCGUGUCAAUGCCAACGAACUGCGCAAAUGUUGAUCCUGUUAUUAUAUAAAUAUAUAUAUGUAUA